UUCAAGAACAUCAUUUAAAUACACAAUUUUUCAUUCUCUUUUUUUGCUAAAUUUCUUCAUACUCAACUUUCAGAUUCUUUAAUCUCCAGCUCAGCUCCAACAAUUCAACGCUGUUCUUUCUGAAAAAGUACACAUCGUGCCUUCUCUACUUCGCUCUUGGAACAUAAUUUCUCAUGGCAGUGUUUAAGACCACUCUGUGGAGGUUAAUUUCUGGGACCUUAGGGAUAAUAUGCCUUUCGUUGAUGGCUACGUUGGGAAUUUUGUUGAAAAAUUCUUUUACUAAACUGAGUAUUGAGCCAGCAUUUACUCCAGGACCCAACAUAGAACUCCAGAAAGAUUCUGACUGCUGUUCUUGCCAAGAAAAAUGGGUUGGGUACCGGUGCAACUGUUACUUCAUUUCCAGUGAACAGAAAACUUGGAACGAAAGUAGGCAUCUCUGUGCUUCUCAGAAAUCCAGCCUGCUUCAGCUUCAAAACACAGAUGAACUGCAGGAUUUUAUGAGCUCCAGUCAACAAUUUUACUGGAUUGGACUCUAUUACAGUGAGGAGCACACCGCGUGGUUGUGGGAGGAUGGCUCUGCACUCUCCCAGUAUCUAUUUCCAUCAUUUGAAACUUUUAAUCCAAAGAACUGCAUAGCGUAUAAUCCAAAUGGAAAUGCUUUAGAUGAAUCCUGUGAAGAUAAAAAUCGUUAUAUCUGUAAGCAACAGCUCAUUUAAAUGUUUCUUGGGGCAGAGAAGGUGGAGAGUAAAGACCCAACAUUACUAACAAUGAUACAGUUGCGUGUUAUAUUAUUACUAAUUGUCUACUUCUGGAGUCUAUAAAAUGUUUUCAAACAGUGUCAUAUACAAUUGUCAUGUAUGUGAAACAAUGUGUUUUAAAAUUGAUGAAAUUCGUUCACCUACAUUUGAGAAUUAUAAAAUUAAUAUAAAGAAUUUUGUAUUUUCAUUUAAAGUAUAUAUUUAAUGUUAAAUUCAAUGUAGUUUUAUUGCACAUUUAUGUAAUUUUAUUUACAUUCUUGCUAAUUCUCAGCAGAAAUUUAAAUAAAAUUUAAUUCACAUCAAAUAAAAUUUACAAAAUAAAAUUUAACUCACACUGCCCAGGCUGGAGCAUAGUGGCAAGAUCAUAGCUCAUUGCAAGCUCAAGUGAUCCUCCUGACUCAGCCUCCCAAGUAGCUAGGACUACAGGCACCAUGUCACUAUGCCCGACUAAUUUUUAAUUUUUAAUUUUUUGUCAAGACGAGGUCUCGCUAUGUUGCCCAGGCUGGUCUUGAACUCCUGGCCUCAAGGGAUUCUCCCACCUUGGAUUCCCAAAGUGCUGGGAUUAUAGGUGUGAACCACCAUCCCUGGCCCUCUUCACAUUCUUGUAUGAAGAUUGAUUUAGGAAAACUGCAUUUCAGGUAACUGACAAAAGAUAUAGGAUGAAAAAUAAUAUCUUUCAAAUGUUUAAUUUGAACUAAGAGAGCUUAUGCAUUGCACUUCCUGGAGAUUUAUAAUGUUUUGGUUUUGUUGUCCAUGUGAUUACAAAAUAAUAUAUUUUUUAAUUAAAAAAUUUAAAAUAAUACAGGCAAGCACGUAAUGAUUAUCAAUAUUUUUUUGCACCAACUAUCCUAUAUCCCUGACCUCCUUUCAUUAGGCAUUAUCUUCUGUUUUGAUUUUAACACUUAGAGUGGUUUUCUCUGUUAUGAAUCAAAGCUGAUCUAUUUUCAUCAUUUUUGUGAUGAAAAAAUUAAUUUUGAUUGACUUAGGAUGGAAGGAUUUGGACUGGGUGCAGUGGUUUAUGCCUGUAAUCCCAGCACUUUGGGAGGCCAAGGCGGGUGGAUCACUUGAGGUCAGGAGUUUGAGACCAGCCUGGCCAACAUGGUGAAACCCUGUCUCUACUAAAAAUACAAAAAUUGGCUGGGUGUGGUAGUGCACACCUGUAAUCCCAGCUAUUUGGGAGGCUGAGUCGAGAGGAUCCCUUGAACCUAGGAGGUGGAGGUUGCAGUGGGUCGAGAUUGCACCACUGCACUCCAGCCUGGGCGACAGAGCCAGACUCCUCUCCAAAAAAAAAAGAUGAAAGGAUUUGGAACCUUAAUUGCAUCUGAAAAACUGCCUCACCUUUGUUAUUUAGUGUACUCUAACCACGGAGUAACAUCCCAACAUAAUCCCAAAUCCUACUCAAACAAAAGGGGAAGGGAUUAUGCAGGUGUACACUAGGCCACUGGUGUACCAAUUAGAAACCACUUUAGAGUUAUGCCUACUGUACCCACAUAAUCCUAAAAAUAUGUUACAACUGCUACUUCAUAGUUUAUGCCACUUAUUUUAUUUUUUACUUUUAUUAUUAUUUUUUUCUGAGAUGCGGUUUCAUUCCCAUUUCCCAGGCUGUAGUGCAAUGAUGCAAUCAUGGUUCACUGCAGCUUCAACUUCCCAGGCUCAAGGGAUCCUCCCACCUUCUGAGUACUUGGGACUCAGGUGCGAGCCAUCAUGCUCAGCUAAUUUUUUGUAUCAUUUGUAGAAAUGGGGUUUUGCAUUGUUGCCCAGGCUGAUCUUGAACUCCUGGGGUCAAGGAUUCUGCCCGCCUUGGCCUCCUAAAGUGCUGGAAUUACAGGCAUAAGCCACUGUGCCCGGGCAGUUUAUAUAAUUUAAACACUGCCUUUUGGUUCCUUAAUUCGCAUAUGCUGGGACAAGUAAUUAUUUUUUUAUUUUAUUUUAUUUUAUUUUAUCUUACUUUAAGUUCUGGGAUACACGUGCACAAUGUGCAGGUUUGUUACAUAGGUAUGCAUGUGCCAUGGUGGUUUGCUGCACCUAUCGACCCAUCAUCUAGGUUUUAAGUCCCACAUGCAUUAGGUAUUUGUCCUAAUGCUCUUCCUCCCCUUGCCCCCCGCCCCCUGACAGGCCUUGGUCUGUGAUGUUCACCUCCCUGUGUCUAUGUGUUCUCAUUGUUCAACUCCCACUUAUUAGUAAGAACAUGCGGUGUUUGGUUUUCUGUUCCUGUGUUAGUUUGCUGAGAAUGAUGGUUUCCAGCUUCAUCCAUGUCCCUGCAAAGGACAUGAACUCAUUCUUUUUUAUGGCUGCAUAGUAUUCCAUGGUGUAUAUGUGCCAUAUUUUCUUUAUCCAGUCUAUCACUGAUGGGCAUUUGGGUUGGUUCCAAGUCUUUGCUAUGGUAAAUAGUGCUGCAAUAAACAUACGUGUGCAUGUGGGGACAAGUAAUUAUUUUCUGUUUUUCUCAAUACAUUAAUUAUUGGUUCCUCCGUUAGUUGUGAAGUCCUAAUUAGGGAAAAGGAGUUAGGCUGGCGGGAGCAGGAAAAAGCAGAAAGAGAAAGCAGAUAAGCUAUGAGUCUGCCUUUCUUCAUGGUCCAGGAUAUGGGCCAUGUGCUAAACUAUUACCAGACACCUGCAAGUUAGCUCACUGCAACCUUGGCAUUAUCAGUACUGGACAAAGCCCUCUGCAGCAUACAGCAUAAACACUAUUCCAUAAAAUCCUAAGCAAGCCUUUGUUUCUUUGCAGUCAGCUUUUCUUCUGCUGAUGCUGCCUGUUGCCUCCCUGGAAACAUAUUUUCCUACUUUUCUUUAAUAAAUCUGCCUUCCUUUACCUACAGCUGUCUUGGUAAAUUCUUUUACCUCAAUGCCACCGGCCCAGAUAGCUGUUGCUCACCCACAACAUUAGUGUAUUAGUCCGUUCUUAUGCUGCUACUAAAGAUAUACCCAAGACUGGGAAAUUUAUAAAAUAAAGACAUUUAAUUGACUCACAGUUCUGCAGUGUUGGAGAAGCCUCAGGAAACUUACAGUAAUGACAGAAGGGAAAGCAAACACAUCCCUCUAUGCAUGGCAGCAGAAAGGAGACGUGCUGAGCAAAAGGAAAAAUACCCUCUUAUUAAAUCAUCAGAUCUAGUGAGAACUCACUCACUAUCAUGAGAACAGCAAAGAGGUAACUACCCCCAUGAUUAAAUUACCUCGUACCAGUUCCCUCACAUGAUACGUGAGGAUUAGGGGCACUACAAUUCAAGAUGAGAUUUGGGUGGGGAUACAGCCAAGGCAUAUCAGUUACUGACAUCUGUAUUCUCAUAUUGCAUGCAUAAGAAAGUGAGUUAUUUUACAGCUGAACUGGGACAGCUCUUUGCUUAUUUCCAGAGAUGCCUAGGUGUCUGUUUUUGACUCUUGGCCAUGAUAUGGGUAGUAGGCUAACUAACUAGCUAACUAAUGGUUUAUGGUGAGUUCUUUAAAGUUCAGAAUCCCUCAGUGGAAUCCAGGGUCAAUUUGUUUAUUGAUAGCUUCCAUAUGAGAUAAUUACAGAUCUUGUCUCUGCUGUGUGACCAGACACAGAUAAAAGACUGCAAGAAAUUUCAGUUUCAGCUCUCCUGAAACCAAGUUUCAUCACACAAAUAUCAGGUUUCAUCCAGAGAUGAAUGGUGUCUUUGCGCAAAUAUCUCUUGGUCCCACACUGCUUGUUUGAAUUAUCUUUCUCAUACGGUAUCAUAUACCUCUCACUUAUUAAAAAGUUUUUCAUGGCUGGGCGCGGUGGCUCAAGCCUGUAAUCCCAGCAGUUUGGGAGGCUGAGGCGGGUGGAUCACGAGGUCAGGAGAUUGAGACCAUCCUGGCUAACACGGUGAAACCCCAUCUGUACUAAAAGUACAAAAAAAUUAGCCAGGCGUGGUGGCAGGCGCCUGUAGUCCCAGCUACUCGGGAGGCUGAGGCAGGAGAAUGGCAAGAACCCGGGAGGCGGAGUUUGCAGUGAGCUGAGAUCGCGCCACUGCACUCCAGCCUGGGCGACAGAGGAGACUCCGUCUCCAAAAAAAAAAAAAAAAGCUUUUCAUAAGUAUGCUCAUUAGAACCUUAUAAUUCAUUUCAGUUAUCUACACCUGGAAAUGUUAGUUCUAUAAUUUUGGACUUUCUGAAACUUUUCUCUUUAUAUCCUAACGCAGGGGUUGAAAAACUUUUCUCAAAAAACUAUAUAGCAUAUAUUUUCAACUUUGUGGACCAGUCUCUGUUGAAACUUCUCAACCUUGCCAUGGUGGUGCAAAAGAAGACAUAAAUAAUACAAAAAUGAAUGGUUUGACUGUGUUACAAAAGAAUUUUAUUGACAAAACAUAUGGUGAGACAGAUUUGGUCCACAGGCCAUAGUUUGCCAACAUGUGCCCAAGUAUGUAAGAUGAGAAUAUAAGGCCAUAAAUUCUACUCUCUGCUUUAUUCUUUUCCAGGUCACUUCUUACCAGUUGUAAAUGUACUUACAAAUUUUGCUGUAUGAAAACAGUUAUGUCUGUUACUAUCAAUCUGUGUUCAUUUUAAAGGGUGACAAUCUACAAAUUAUGUGUUAUAGACAAGUUGCAAGAUGUUCACCAAUGAUUCCCACCUUGUGCUAUACAUGCCUUUGUGGAAUUUCUUUCCACAUUGUAUCAAGGUUGCUCUGUGUGACCAAUGAAAUAAAGUGGAAAUGAUGAUAUUUCAUUUCUGAGAAUAGGUCAUCAAAGAUAGUAUGACUUCCUUUUUCCUCUCUCCCAGAUUACUUGAUCUGGGGAAAACCAGUUACAAUGUCAUGAGCAGCCCUGUUGAAAGGACCAUGUGGCAAGGAACUGAAGACUCUUACACACAGCCAGCAAGCAACUGAAGUCUAUUUCCAAUAGCCAUGCUAUGAGCCUUCUUUGCUUGUAUAGGCUGCAGUCUUAGUCAAGCCUUCAGAUGAUUACAGCCCCCAGCCAACCCCUUGACGGCAACCUCAUGAGAGACCCUGAGCUAGGUCCAUCGUGCUAUGCUGUUCGAGGAUUCCUCACUCUCAGAAGCUGUGUGAAAUAGUAAAGUGUUUAUUCUUUUUUUUUUUUUUUUUUUUUGAGACAGAGUCUCACUCUGUCACCUGGGCUGGAGUGCAGUGGGGCCAUGUCGGCUCACUGCAACUUCCGCCUCCUGGAUUCAAGCAAUUCUCCUGCCUCAGCCUCCUGAGCAGCUGGGAUUACAGGUGUGCACCACCACUCCUGGCUAAUUUUUUUGUAUUUUUAGUAGAGACGGGGUUUCACCAUGUUGGUCAGGCUGGUCUUGAACUCUUGACCUCAGGUGAUCUGCCUACCUCGCCCUCCCAAAGUGCUGGGAUUACAGGCGUGAGCCACUGCGCCCAGCCAUAACUUUUAUUCUUUUAAGUCACUAAAUAUUAACGUGUCACAUAGCAAUAAUCAAUACAUAUUUUGGUACCAAGAAUGAAGUUACUGUUAUAAAGAAAAAAAAAACCACUAAAAUUUUGGAGUGCUUGAAAACAGGCAGUGGAUGGAGGCCAAAAGGACAGGAAAGACUGAAACCUUCUAGUAUGGUCUUAUAGUAGGGAAGUGAAAACAUAUUAGAAACUGGAGAAAGUAAAAAUCUUUCUAUUUAGUACCAGAAAGUUUAGCAACACUUUUGCCUGUAGUAUUGUGGAAGGUAGAAAAUGUACUUAAUGAUUUAAGAGAAUGCUCUGAAGUUAUUUCCAACUAGAGUGUUGAAUAUGCUGUCUGAUUUCUUCCUACUACUUAUAUUACAAUGCUAUAGAACACACCUAAGCUAAUGGAAGGGCUGUUGAGCAAAAGAAGACAGAACUUGAUUGUUUUGAGAUUCCUGGACUCUCAAAUGUUAGCAUGUCAAAAAUGCUAAAACUGAGAAAUAGAUUCUGAGCAAAGAUCCAGUCUAGAGUGCUCUCAGGAAAGCAUGAUUCUAAACAAGAAGGUGUGGGUGUGACUAAAAUUUCCUGUAAAUAUCAUAGAAAGAACACAAGUAGUACCUCAAUUCAGUCAGACGAAGAUCUAUAAAGGUCAAAUAAUAGGGCUUCUAGGAAGCCCUAGGGCAUUGUCCCUCAGGUAUCUCAGCAGAAGCUCCAGGUAGAGAGAAGAUUGGAAGAGAUUUAUGUGUGCGGUUUUUACAAAUAGAGUUCAUAGAAAACCUCAAAACAUUUUUGAGAUGACUAUGUCAGUAGAAAAAUGACAAUGAAGUGCUACCUUUUAUUCAAAAGUAAGAAUAAUUCAAAGGACAGAACUAAGAGCCUGUAAGGUGGAUCCAAGAGUUAUGAAGAGUGAUUUUAUAAGCAGAAAUAGGACUGAGUCCUAAUCAAAUGAGUCCCAACAUUUGCUAUGCUAGAUUUUAAAUUAUUAUGCAUCAGUGACUCCUUUGUAAUUCUCAUGCCCCUCCCUGUUUUGAACAAGGAUGUCUAUAGUUUGUUCUUUCGAAUGUUGAGUGUAUAAGGGAAGGAAAUCUCUAGUAUUGUUAAUUUCACAAGCCUUCAGAUGGAGAAAAAUGAUACUGAAGAAGCUAAACUUAAGGAACUUCACCUGAUGAGUCUCACUCAUACCUGGAUGUGACAAAUUUCUGGACUUUGAACUGACAUUGUAACGGAAUGAGAUUUGGCAGUUGGUGUGGAUUUCGUAUGUGGGAGGGACAUAAAUCAUUUGGGGCCAAAGAUUAGACUCUUGUAAACAGCUUCCUAUAUGCUCCCAAUGAUCCCUGUUUCUUGGAAUUUAACACUUUUGAUAUAAUCAAUUACAUUGUAUAAGGGUUGAUCAGUGUGACCAAGAGAAUAAGGCAGAAAUUAUAGCAUACCACUUUUGAGGCUAGAUUAUAAAAGACAGUAUGUCUUUGGCAUUACCCUUUUUCAUAUCAUCGGAUUUGGUGGAAGCCAGCUACCUUGUCGUGAGCAACUCUUUUAAGCGUUCCAUGUGGCAAAGAACCGAGGCCUCCUAUAAACAGCUAGCAAGGAACUGCAGCCAUCUUGUAGACAGCCUUGUGCACAAGCCUCCUUGGUUCAACUCUUCAAGCCUUAGAAAAUACAACCCAACCUACAUUUUUACUGCAACCUCAUGAGGGAUCCUGAGCUAGAACCACCUAGCACAAUUGCUGUUGAUUUCUGACCUCAGAAACUGUGAAGUGAAAUAUUUUGUUGUUUUAAGCUUACAAGUUUGAGGAUAAUUUGUUCUUUGUAGUAGUUAGCUAAUACAAUAUGUUUCCUCAUCAUGACCUCAUGAAUAGAGAACAUUUAUUUAUUUAUUGAGAUGGAGUCUCACUCUGUCACCCAGGCUGGAGUGCAGUGGCACAGUCUUGGCUCACUGCAACCUCUGCCUCGCUGGUUCAAGCGAUUCUCAUGCCUCAGCCUCCCCAGUAGCUGGGAUUACAGGCACCCACCACCAUGCCUGGCUAAUUUUUGUAUUUUCAGUAGACAUGAGGUUUUGCCAUGUUGGCCAGGCUGGUCUCCAACUCCUGGCCUCAAGUGAUCCACCUGCCUCGGCCUCCUGAAGUGCUGGGAUUACAGGCAUGAGCCAUUGCGUCUGGCCAAAUAGAGGACAUUUUAGAGCCCAAUAGUAAGCUAGGAUUAUAUUUCCUUCUUUGAGGUUCUAUUGUUAUAACCCUUAUACGAUAAAAAACAACUCUUCUGCCAGAUUAAAGUUUUUUUGUUUUUUGUUUUUCUUAGUUCUCAAUUAUGUUAUAUAACCCAUGAGUGUCACUUUAUUCUCAUUGGAAAUAUCCUUCCAAGAGCUCUUACCCACCUGCUGUUGUUUGGACUGGCACCUUACUAGACCUGCUCCACAAACUGCCGUCAUGAAAUUUUUCUUCACUAAUUUUCUCAUUUACACUAAAUACUUCAUUGAUUACAGUUUACCUCUUCAUAUAUUUUUAAUUGAGCAAAAACACAAUAAAGAAUACCUAUCUUAAAUUUACUCGUAAACAUUUAAGCUAUGUCUACACUUACGAUUACUACCAGAUUGCAAUAGAGACUAUCUACCACCACCAAGACUCUCUUGCUGUUUGCUAAUUGAUACUGUCUCCCCUGUUCCAAGAAAACUACUACUCUGAUUUCUGAAAAUAUAGGUUUAUUUAGCCUGUUCUUUAAUUUCAUAUAAAUGGAAGCUUAGCAUGUAUGAUCUUUGUGGCUUCUGUUGCUAAGCAUUACGUCUGUGAGAUACAUCCGUAUAUUCGUGCAGCAGUAGCUCCUCACUUUUAUUGUCAUGUAGAAUUCAUAAGAAUGCAUCACAAUUUGCUUAUUUAUUCUAAUAUUGUUCAACAUUUGAGUCAUUUCCACUUUUUACUAUUAUGAGUAAAAUUGUUAUAAACAUUUUAAUAUAGCUCUUGUGGGACAUGUGGCUUCAUAUCUUUUGAGUGUAUGCCCAGGAGUUGAAUUUCUAAGUCAUAAGCUGUCAUAUAUUUAGGCCCUUUAGUUCAUGCUUUAAAAACUAGUGAUAAUUUAUUUAUAAAGCUUAUUUAUAAUUUCACUGGCAGUUUAUGUGAGUGUUACUCUGUAUUCUUGACAAUACAUAGUAUUAUGAAUUAUUUUAGUCUAAGGACCUUCUGGAUACUAUGCAUUUGCAUACAAUUGUACAUUUAAUUUCCAUCUUCCAAAUGAAUAAUGAUGCUUACCCCUCAUCUUUUUUUUUCAUUUUUAUAUCCCCUUCUAUGUAGUGCUUGUUUAAGCUUUUAGCCAUUAUUUAUUUUUAACAGCGCUGUUGCAGUAUAAUUGAGAUACUUUAAGCAUACUUUAUAUGCUUAAAGUAUGACAUUUGAUGUAUUUCCAUAUCUAUGCAUCUGUGAAACCAUCACCUCAGCAAUAUAUGAAACACCUACUAACCUCAAAAGUGUCCUUUCCCCUAUGUAUAAAAUACUUCCUCUUGCUCCUCCCCUCACAGAUGAGUAUUGUACUGUAUUCUGUUACUAUAGAUUUGCCUUUCUGUGUUUUAUAUAGAUAGAAUCAUAUAAUAUGUACAUCUGUGUUCUAGAUUUUUCAUUCAGCAUCAUAAUAGUUUUUAUACUCAUCUAUGUUGAUACAUGUAUCAAUAGUUAAUUCCCUUUUAUUUCUUAUUUCUUUCCUUUUUUUUUUUUUUGAGACUGAGUAUUGCUCUAUCACCCAGAUUAGAGAGCAGUGGUGUGAUCUCGGCUCACUGCAACCUUCACCACCUGGGUUCAAGUUAUUCUCAUGCCUCAGCCUCCCCAGUAGCCGAGAUUACAGAUGCCCACCACCACGCCCAGCUAAUUUUUGUAUUUUUAGUAGAGACGGGGUUUCACCAUGUUGACCAGUCUUGUCUCGAACUCCUGACCUCAACUUCUCCACCUGCCUUGACCUCCCAAAGUGCUGGAAUUACAGGCGUGAGCCACCACGUCCAGCCGAUUCCUUUUUACUUCUGAGAGUCUUCUGAUCCUUGAAUAAAGUAUGUUUCUUGUACCUCAAUAUGCUUAAUUUUUUCCUUCUGGCUUUCGUUUUAGGUUCAGGGUAUAUAUGUAGGCUUCUUAUAUGAGUACAUUGCAUGUUGCAGCGGUUUGGUGUACAGAUAAUUUUGUCAUCCUGGUAACCAGCAUAGUACCUGACAGGCAGUUUUUCUAUCCUCAUCCUUCUCCCUCUCCCCCCCCAAGUAGGCCCCAGUGUCUAUUGUUUCCUUUUUUUGUGUGCCUGUGUACUCCAUGGUUAGCUCCCACUUAUAAGGGAGAAUAUGUGGUUUUUGGUUUUCUGUUCUUCCAUUGAUUUGCUUAGGAUAAUGGCCUCUAUUUCUAUCCAUGUUCCUGCAAAGGACAUGAUUUUUUUCUUUUUUAUGUCUGCAUAGUAUUCCAUGGUGUAUAUGUACCACAUUUUCUUUACCUAGUCCAUUGUCUCAAUAUACUUAAGUUAUACUCAGUAAUGUUUUGUAGUUUUUACUAUUCAGGCCUUUUAUGUUUUUAUGAGAUUUCCCCAAAGUAGUCUAUUGUUUUUAAUGCUAUUAUACAUUUUAUUUUCUAAUUUCAAAUGUUUUAUUUUAAAAUUGUAAGUAUAUAUGUAUUUGUGUAUAUAUAUAUAUAUAUUCAUUUACACAGUUGAUUCUAAGUGUAUCUUUUGUUGUUCAACCUGCCUAAAUUCACUUAUCCUAGCAGCAUUUCUGUAGAUUUCAUUGGGUUAUCUGCAUAGAUGAAUAAAGACAGUUUCACCUCUUUCUUUUGAAAACUGUGUGCCUUUAAUUCUUUUUAUCGCCUUGUCACAGUGGCCAGAAUAUUCAACACAAAGUUGAAUACAAGUGGUGAGUAAACACCCUUGUUUUGCUAUUGAUCUUAGAGCAUGAAUAUUCACUUUUUUUACCUUUAUGCUUAAUUUUAGCUGUAGGAUUUUCAUAAAUGACCUUUACUAGGUUGAGAAAGUUCCCUCCUAUUCCUAGUCUGAUGAGAAUUUUUAUAAGGAGUACAUAUGACAUAUGCUUUUAUUAAAUGUUUUAUUCUGCCUCGAUUGAAAUCAGAUUGUUUUUAUUUCCCAGUUAUAAACCUCAGUUGUUCAUGUUAUCUUUUUUACGUAUCUUUGCAGAUGCUUUGCUAAUUUUUUAAAAUUUUAUUUUAUUGAGGUAAAUACAACAUAAGAUCUAUCCUCAACAAAUUUUCAAGUCUACAGUACAGUAUUAUUAACAAUAGGUACAAUGUUGUAUAGUAGAUCUCUAUAAUUUAUUCAUCUUGCAUAAUUGAGGCUUUAUGCCCUUUGAUUAACAACGUCCCAUUUUUUCCUCUCUCCAUUCCUGGCAACUACCAUUCUAUUCUCUGAUUUUAUAAGCUUGACCACUUUAGAUAUUUCACAUAAGUGGAAUCAUAUAGUAUUUAUCCUGUGACUUGUUUAUUUCAUUUAGCAUAAUGUCCUCAAGUUUCAUCCACAUUGUUACAUAUUGCAGGAUUUCAUUUUUAAGGCUGGAUAAUAUUCUAUUGUAUGUGUAUGUACACAUUGGCUACUGUGACUAGUAUAGCAAUGGACAGUAGUAUACUAAUAUUUCUUUGAGAUUCUUAUUUCAAUUCUUUUGCAUAAUUACCCAGAAAGGAGAUUGGUGGAUCAUAUGGUAGUUCUAUUUUUAAUUUUUUGAGAAAUCACCAUCCUGUUUUCCACAGAAGCAGCACAAUUUUUCAUUCCCACCAAAGUGUUCAAGGGGUCUAAUUACCCCACGUACUUCUCAACACUUGUCUUUCAUUUGUUUGAUAAUAGCCAUCCUUAUAAGUGAGAGAUGAUAUUUGGUGGUUAUAAUUUGCAUUUCCCUGAUGACUAGUGAUAUUGAGCAUCAUUUCAUAUGCCCAUUGACCCUUUGUAUGUUUUUUAUGAAGAAAUGACCAUUCAAGUCUUUGAUACAUUUUUUAAUUGGGUUACUUGUGUUUUUUUAAUAUUGAGUUGUAGGAGUUCUUUAUAUGUUUUGGAUAUUGACUCCUUUUCUGAUAUAUGAUUUGCAAUUAUUUUCUCCCAUUCUGUAGAUCAUCCUUUCAUUCCAUUGGUUAUUUCCUUUGUGAACCCCGAAAAUUUGAGACAGGUCUCAGUUAAUUUAGAAAGUUUAUUUUGCAAAGGUUGAGAACGUAUGCCCAUAACACAGCCUCACCUCAGGAGGUCCUGCUGACAUGUGCCCAAGGUGGUCAGGGCACAGUUUGGUUUUAUACAUUUUAGGGAGACAUGAGACAUCAAUCAACAUAUGUAAAAUGAACAGUGGUUUGGUCUAGAAAGGUGGGACAAUUCAAAGCAAAAGUGAAACAACUGGAAGCAAGGAGGGGGCUUCCAGGUCACAGGUAAGAGACAAAUGGUUGCACCUUUUUGUUUCUGAUUAGCCUUUCCAAAGGAGGCAAUCAGAUAUGCAUUUAUCUCAGUGAGCAAAGAGAUGACUUUGAAUAGAAUGGGGGGCUCCCAGGUCACAGGUAAGGGACAAAUGGUUGCAUCUUUUUGUUUCUGAUUAGCCUUUCCAAAGGAGGCAAUCAGAUACGUAUUUAUCUCAGUGAGCAAAGAGAUGACUUUGAAUAGAAUGGGAGGCAGUUUUGCCCUAAGAAGUUCCCAGCUUGAAUUUUCCCUUUUGGUGAGUGAUUUUGGGGGCCCAAGAUAUUUUCCUUUCACACCUUUGAUGUGAACAAGCUGUUUGUUUGCUAUAGUCCUACUUGUCUAUUCUUGCUUUUGUUGCCUGUGCUUUUGGUGUCAGAUUGAUGAUAUCAUUGCCAAAACCAAUGUCAAAAGGUUUUCCUCUAUGUUUUCUUUGAAGGGCUUUACAUUUUCAGUACUUACAUUUAGGCUUUUAAUCCAUUUGAAACUUAUUUUUGCAUAUGGUGUAAGAUAAGCAAUUUCUUUGCAAUAUGGAUAUUCAUUUUUCCCGUCACUGUUGAAGAAACUGUCAUUUCCCCUUAAAUAGUCCUGCCACCCAAAGACCGUUUAACCGUAUUUGCAAAGUUUAUUUCCAAGUUCUCCAAUCUGUUUAAUUGGUCUAUAUGUUCAUCUUUAUGCCAGUGCCAUAUUGUUUCAAUUAUUGUAGCUUUGUAAUAUAUUUUGAUAUCAGGAAGUUUGAGGCCUCUGGCCUUCUGUUUCUUGCUCAAGAUUUGUUUGGCUAUUCAGGGCUUUUUGUGGUUCCAUGUGUAUUUUAGUAUCAUUGUUUUCCUAAUUCUAAAAUGCCAUUGAGGUCUUGAUAGGUAUUGCACUAAAUCUGUAGAUCACAUUGUGAAAUACAAAUAUUUUAACUAUAUGAAGUCUUUUAAUAAAUGAAUAUAGGAGGAUUUUUGCAUGUUGAUUUUGUACCCUGCAACUUUACUUGGUUUUAGGAGGCUUUUUUGUGGAUUCUUUAGAGCAUGCCAUAGGCAAACAGGGACCAUUGUACUUCUUCUUUUACAAUCUGUAUGUUGUUAAUUUCUUUUCCUUGCCUAAGAGCUUUAAGUAGGACAAGGGUUAAAUAGAAAUGGCAAGUGCAAACAUCCUUGCCAUGUUUCUGAUGUCAGAGGAAAAGUUCAGCUUUUUCCAUAGCAUGAUAUUAGCUAUGCACUUUACAUAUAGGGCCUUCAAAAUGUUGAAAUAUUUUUCUCAAAUUCUAGGUUGGCAGGAGUUAUCAUCAUAAAAUGGGUAUUAAAUUUUGUGAAAACUUUUUUUCUGAAUCUAUUGAGAUGCACAGGUGACAUUUAUCCUUCAUUCUAUUAAUGUGGUAUAUUACAUUAAUUGAUUUUGUAUGUUAGGCUAUCCUUGCACCCCAGGGAUAAAUGCCACUUGCUUAUGGCAUAUACUCCUUUUAGUGUACUGUUGAAUUAAUUUUGCUACUACUUUGUUGAGGAUUUUUGCAUCUACGUUUACUAGACGUAUUGGCUUAUAGUUUUCUUGUGGUAUCUUUGACAAGCUUUGGUGUAAUGGUAAUGCUGGCCACAUAAAAUUAGUUUGAAAGUAUUUAUUCUUUUUAAAUUUUUAUAUAAUAGCUUGGGAAAGAUGGGCAUUAAUUUCUCCUUAAAUAUUUGGUGGCUUCACCAGAAAAGCCAUCUUGUCCUGGGAAUUUUUUUGUUGUAAGUUUCUUGGUUACUGAUUCAAUCUUCAUUCUAGUUAUAGAUAUGCUCAUAUUUUCUAUUUCUUCAUAAUUCAGUCUUGGUAGGUCCUUGUCUUUGUGAAUUUUUUCAUUUCUUGUAGGUUAUCCAAUUUUUUGGCCUAUAAUUGUUCUUAGUUGUCUCUUACCAUCUUUUAUAUUUCUGUGGCAUCAGUUGCAAUGUCUUAUUUCUGAUUUCAUUUAUUUAAGGCCUCUCUUCUUUUUCUUAGUCUAGCUAAAGGUUGUCAAGUUAUUUAUAUUUUCCAAAAACUAACUCUUAGUUUUGUUUACUUUUUAUAUUUCCUUUCCAUUCACUAUUUUAUUUCUGAACUAAUCUUUAUUAUUUUCUUUAUUCUUCUAAAUUUGAACUUUGUUUGUUCUUUUCUACUUUUCUGGUUGCUUGGGAUAUGUAUUAGUCCAUUUUCACACUGUUGUUAAAGACUUAACUGAGAGACUGGGUAAUUUGUAAAGAAAAAGAGGUUUAAUGGACUCACAGUUCCACAUGGCUGGGGAGGCCUCACUAUCAUGGCAGAAGGUAAAACACAUGUCUCACAUGGCGGCAGACAAGAGAGAAUGAAAGCCAAGCCAAAGGGGGUUUCCCCUUAUAAAACCAUCAGAUUUCAUAAGAUUUAUUCACUACCAUGAGAACAGUAUGGGGGAAACCACCCCCAUGAUUCUAUUAUCUCCCACUGGGUCCCUCCACCAACAUGGGGGAAUUAUGGGAGCUACAAUUCAAGAUGAGAUUUGGGUGGGGACACAGCCAAACCAUAUCAAGGUAUAAAGUGCAUUGUUUGAGACCUUUCUUUUUUCUUAAUGCAGAUAUUCAUCACUAUAAACUUUUCUUUUAGCCCUACUUUUACUACAUCCCAUAAGUUUUGUUAUACUUUAUUUUUGUUUUCAUUUAUUCUAAUGUGUUUUUAAAUUUCCCUUUUGAUUUAUUCUUUGCAGAUUGGUUGUUCAAAAAUGUAUUGUUAAAUUAUCACAUAUUUAUUAGUUUUCCUUUUGCAACUGAUUUCUAGUUUCAUUCCCUUGAUGCUGUAAAAGAUACUUGAUAUGACUUCAAUUUUCUUAAUUUUCUUAAGACUUCUUUUAUGACCUAACAUAUGAUCUAUCCUGCAGAAUGAUCCAUGUGCACUUGAGAAGAAUGUAUACUCUGCUGCUGUUGGAUGGAAUGUUCUGCACAUGUCUGUAGGUGACUUGACUUGCAGUGUUGAUCAGGUCAUCUGGGUCUUUGUUGCCUUUAUGUUUGGUUGUUCUAUCCAUUAUUAAAAGUGAGCACUGAAAUCUCC